AACAAUAUACCUGCACAUGAAAAAAAAACCGGUUUCUGCCAGUGUUAUCACUUCUUACUCGGUUCCUUCUCCUGAACACUGACAAGACCCCAGACUCUUCCCUAUAGCUAGAUGUUCGGUUCCAAUAGGCCCAUCACCACAUCACCCGCAUGAUCAUUCAUAUUCAGGGUUCGUCGUUCUUGCCCGGCCCCUGGUCCUUGUUGCCUCCUUACUAUCUUAAUUUCUGUUUUUCUUUUGCUAUUGUCUUUUCUUCGUUAGUGUCUCUCCUUAGUUACUGUUUUUACGACCACUCUCGUUGCUGCGAAGCGAACUGGGGCGAAUCAUAUCGCAGUGAAAAUUAUACUUCGGUAGACUCCGACCAUCGAGUCUCUUCGGAACAACGAAGUCAACUAAAGCCUGACAUUUUCGAAGAGCGAUGUGUGACCUUUACGAUUCAAUGUAUUACUAGUGUGGCUGCCGAAGCCGAGGUAACACAAAUCGCUUCACUUCAAAAACGCCAGACUUCGGUUGACGUCGUUGAGCAUCGAAGUCUACCAAAGUGUUUUAAAUUUACAAUUCGAUUCGCUUCAGUUCGCUUCGCGGUAAUACUAUUAAUAUCAGCGGGCUGUACGCAUCGUUUUAAUUUUAAACGAUGCGUACUACAGCCCGCCGGGAUGAUCUUGACGUUUAACCCCAGUGAGAACUACCAGUUGUGAGGC